AUGGAGCGACCACUGGAAGAAGCACAUUACGAAGAUGGGCAGGAUACAUAUCUGAAGCUGUUGGAAAGUCGAUCCUCGCUUCUUCUUGAGGUACCUCAACAGACCGAAUACGACACAUGCAAGGAACACAGAGCAGAUAAAGAAGAAAAGGACGGUAAAGAAUGUGGUCAUGAAUGCAUUUCCUGUUGCGACAUUCAUAUAAUUGACAAAGACUGGGAUUCCAGGCGCCAGAGUUUCCGAGUCGGAAGUGACGACGGCCGGAUUGACAAAA